AUGAUAUCGGAGAGGCUGAACGUAGUGGAUGGCAUCAAAAAUUUGCAGUGGCAGUGGCGUUCGAGUCCUUCAUCAGCUGCAGAAGUUUCGGAGCUGUUCAAUUUGAUGGAGGACAUUUAUAAUUUCGAUUGGAAAGGUGGUAAGGAUAAGUGGAGAUGGAAAGCAUGUUCGUCUGGGGAAUUCUCUAUCUCAAGCGCUAAGCAGCUGUUAGCUGCUGAUCCGUGCAACAGCAGUCAGAACAAGAUGCGAUGGAAGGUUUGGGUUCCCUUGAAAGUUAGGAUUAUGGUGUGGAGAUCCCUUAUUAAUCGGUUACCGACUAAAAAUGAAUUGCAUAAACGGGGAGUUAUCCUGCAAAGCAACUUAUGCGAGCUGUGUAACACGGAUGUUGAAACGAAUACGCAUUUAUUCACAGGAUGCUUUUUCUCCGCUGAAGUUUGGUACCGGGUGGAAGCAUGGUGUCGAUUGAAUCCGUUACUUAUCUUUGAUGUUGCCGAUUUAAUAGAGAUAACAAGCUCCCAGCCAUUCACUAAAGAUGCUAAAUACAUCCUCCGAGGCAUUGUCUUUUCUACUAUGUGGGCCAUUUGGAUUGAGCGUAACGAUCGUAUUUUCAAAAGCAAGCGGCGGCGGGCGAUUGAAGUGGUUGAGAGUAUUAAGAUGUCUUCGUAUUUUUGGUUUAAACAUAGAUCUAAGUUGAAAUGUUUAGAUUGGAUUGAUCGGUGUAAAUAUCCGUUAAACAUAGUGUAA